AUGCGAUUCUUUGUGAUGAGCUUAUUUACACAACACGUGAUGAUGCCUACACGUACAUACAGUAUAAUUCGUGAAUACAGUACUGUACGUCGCCCCUCGGCUCGAAUACCGUCCGCGCGUCCGUCUCAUCGCAGCAACUCCGUCGUGUCCUCGAUCGACGUCGCGUUCGCGGCGUCCGUGGCGUUCGCGGCGUCCGUGGCGUCCGUGGCGUUCGCGAGUGCCUCCACCUUCGCCGUCGCGUUCGUCGCGUUCGCGGCGUCCGUGGCGUUCGCGAGUGCCUCCGCCUUCGCCGUCGCGUUCGUCGCGUUCGGCGGCGGCGCGGGUGCGGGCGCGGGCGCGGGCGCGGGCGCGGGCGCGGGCGCCUCCUCCUUCUCCUUCUCCUUCUUCUCCUUCUUCUCCGACUCGUCCAUCGCCUUCAAAUUCUCCUCGCACGUCUCCGAGUCCAGCUUCAACUUUUUCAGAUCGAACCCGUCCUCGGACGCGAGCUCGUGCGCGAGCUUCACCUUGGCAUCCUUCUCCGCCCACUCCGCGCGCUUUUUCGCAAACUUCAACCCGAGCGCGUCGCAGCCGUGCACCUCCUUCGCGGUGUCGCCCAGCUUCCUCGCGGACGCCUCCAUCGCCGCGGUCGCGUUCUUCGCCGCUCUCGUGCUCUCCUCGAGCGCUUCGAUCUUUUCCAGCGCGGCGUCCUUCUCGCGCGUCGCGCGGUUCUUCGCUCGACGGAGGUCCUGCUCGGAUUUUUUUUCGCGGUCGAGCGCGGCGGUGAGACGGUUGAUCUCGUCCGAGUCCUUCUGCGCUUGGCCGCCGUCGGCGUCGGCGACCGCGUCGGCGUCUUUGGCGGCGUCUUUCGCGUCGUCUUUCGCGUCGUCCUCCUCCUUGUCGUCCACUUCGUCCCCCUCCUCCUCCUCGUCGUCGUCGGAAGUGCUGUUCUUCUUCGUCUUCGUCAACAGCUUGCGCCGCGUGUUCAUCAGGCUCGAAAACUCGUCCUCGGGCGACGCCGGCGCCGCCUCCGCCGUCGUCGUCUCCGCCUCUUUCGCGUCGGCGUCGGCGUCGGCAUCGGCGUCGUCGCCGCCUUUAUCGUCCGCCGCCGUCGUCGUCGUCGUCGUCGUCGUCGUCGCCGCCGCCGCCGUCGUCGCGAGCGCGUCGUCGAUCCCCUCCGUCGUCGCCGGCGCCGGCGCCGCCGUCGCCGGCGCCGCCGUGUCGUUCACGCCCAACGCGUCGUCGAUCAAGUCGUCGCUCGUGGACUCGAGCGUCUCCGCGGCGGUGCGUUCCUCUGCUUUCUUCGCCUCGAUCGCCGCGUCGCGAUCCGUCUUGAUUUUCGCCGUGCACGCCGCAAACGCCGCCUUGGCCUCCUCGACAUCCUCCUUCAGCGCCUUGAGCUUCUCUCGCGCCGACGUGUCGCCGACGCGCUUCACGAGGACGGAUCGAACGAGGUCAUACUUUUCGAUCGUGUCCUCGCAUUUCGCUCGAGAUGUCGCUCGCUGCGUCGCGUUCGACGCCUUCGCGGCGGCCGCAUCGGCGUCGGCGGCGUCCUUUUCCUUCAUUUUCUCCUCCUCCUCCGCCUUCGUCUCUCGUUCGUCGUCGUCGUCGUCGUCUGCCUUCUUCUUCUUCUUCUUUCUCCCGAGCGAAGCGCCCGUCGGGCUCUCGCGCUUCGCGCGCGCGAGCGCCGCCGCCGGGGCGUUCCCGUCGUCUUCGUCGAGCGCGCCGUCGAGACCGAGUCGCGGCGCGCGCGCGAUUCGCGCCGCGUCGACGGCGCGAGCGUCAUCGUCUCCCCCGAGCGCGACCGGGGCGAUCGAUCCUCCUCCCGCGCCGCGCGCGAGCGCCGCGGCGAGCGCGGCGACGAGCGCGAGCGUCGCCGCGAGCGCGACCGCGCGCGUCCACGACGCCGAGGACGCGCGCGAGGCGCGGAUCAACGGCGCCCUCUCGUCCGCGGACGGCAUGGUGAGUUGGGACGGACGUUGGCUAUCGAUCGAGACGAGGCCGCGGCUCGACCAACAAUCAAAAGAUAACACCCUCGGUGGGUCGCGUCUGGACGUCCGUCGCGGCGGGUUCGACGCGCGCGACGACGCGGCGCGCGACUCCGAAGCGGGUUCGCGCGAGUUCUGGCGCGGGGGCGCGUCGGGCGCGCCGCGUGCUGUGCGGCGUUCGCGCGUUCCGCGCGCGCCCGCCUUUUUUUUAGGGGUUCUUGUUUCCCUCGACGCGAAAGGCGAAACCGCCUGGAAGGAUCACAGCAAACGAUGUUCAUCGCAGAUGAGUUGA